AUGUUCUCUCGUAUCAUUACUUCCAUUCGCGACCAAAUCAGCAAGCCGCACCCUGACACAACCAAAGGCCCUUCUGCUCAACAGAAGAAUUCAGAUGUCGAAGACGAAAAUGGGGUUCAUCUGACACGGUCUCACUCUCUACAACCUACGGCUCUUGAGGCACGCCGACCAUCUGUGACCGAAGCGAUUGGGAUUCAGAACGUUGACAGCCGAGGAAGAAGACGGUCUAGCACUGUAUUUGGUAUCUCCAAGGUGUCUGUUGAUGAUUUUAUGCAAAAAGACCUUGUCUCCAGCUCAUGGAGUUAA